UUGACUCUCUCUCUCUCUCUUAUAAAACUCGCUUGAGAAAACCAGAGAGAUUUGUGCGAAAAUGGCGAGAGAAAAGAGGAGGGAGGAACUGCACGUCACUGUACCGAAUCUCUUCCGCUGCCCGAUUUCCAUGGAUGUGAUGAGGUCUCCGGUGAGCCUCUGCACCGGCGUCACCUACGACCGGAGCUCCAUCGAGAAAUGGCUGGCGCUCGGCCACAAAACCUGCCCGGCGACGAUGCAAACCCUUCCGUCCACGCUCACGACGCCGAAUCUCACUCUCCGCCGCCUCAUCCACCUCUGGCUCUCCCACACCGACCCCGCCCAGGCGCCGCCGCCGCCGUGCGCCGUCUCCAGGCAUGAGGCGGCGGUGAUCAUCAAAGGCGAUGCCGACGCCGCUUCCUUGCAGAAGCUCGUCGAUUUCAUGAAGGCGUCGCCGGGGAAUCUGAAAUUCGUCGCGCAUUCGAGCUCCGCGAUUCCGAGAUUCGUCGAAUUCUUCGCCGAAUCCGACGAGAUUCGGAUUCGCGAGCUGAUUGUCGAGGUUUUCGAUCUGAUCUCGUCGGAGAAAUCCGUGAGAGAGAGGCUGAACGAGCUCAUUCUGAGCUCCGCCGAUUGCCUAUCCUCAUUCGCGGCGGUUUUGCGGAAAGGAAACACCGAAUCGAAGGUGAAAUCCGCGAAGAUUUUAGAGCUAAUCGCGUUAAAUCCUGAAUCGGAGAAGAAAAUCGCCGAUCAACCAGAUCUGAUUAAAAAUCUAUACAACCUAACCACAUCAGAGAGCGAUUCACCGGCGGUGGAAGCCGGAUUAUCAGCUCUGGCAGCGAUCGCAACAACCAGGACGGCGAGGAAGGAUCUGAUCCGGUUCGGAAUCAUCCGAACCGUCAGCCGGAUCCUAUCCAAACCGGAUCUGGUGGAGAAAGCGCUGGCGGUGCUGGAAUCGGUGGCGACGUGCACGGAGGGGAGGAGCGCGAUCGCGGAGGACGGCGAGUGCGUGGCGGAGAUCGUGAGGAGGCUGAUGAAGUGCUCGGGUGCGGCGACGGAGCACGGGAUCGCGGUGGUGUGGAGCGUGUGCUGCUUGGCGAGGGAUGAAUUGGCGCAGGAAACGGUGGCGGGAGAGAAUGGGUUGACGAAGGUACUACUGGUGAUGCAGAGCGACUGCUCGGGGAGUACAAGGCAGAUGUGCAGGGAAUUGGUCAAAGUGUUGAGGGCGAAGAGCAGUAAGUCUAAUUUGGCACCUUAUGAAACCAGGACCACUCACAUUGCGCCUUAUUGAAUUUUUAACUUAUCAAUUUUUUUUAAGUUAGGUAGAGAUGCAUUACAAAUUCAAAUCUGUACAUCACAUUGGAGGAUACAAAAUCAAAAUUUUCAUUUUUCUUCUA